GCGCCGCUCAGGGCCAUGGCGGUUCCCGGGCGGCGGUGGGCUGUGCGGCUGUUCUCAGCGCUGCAGUCCCUGCCCGCGCGCCGGGCCCUGCAUGACGCGGCCCCGGCACGGGACGUGCUGCUCUUCGAGUACGAACGGGGUCGCUUCUUCGCCGUCCUCGGGCUGUUCUGCGCUGGCCAGGGCGUCUUCUGGGCUUCCUUAGCCAUUGCCGCCUUGGCCCGACCCCCGGCCCCCACUCGGCCUCCAGACGCCGAGUCCCCAGGCCGCGGCCGCCUGGACCUGCGCUCCGCGCUCUGGCGCUACGGCCUUGCCGUCGGCUGCGGCGCCAUCGGUACUCUGGUACUUGGUGCUGGUCUUCUCUUUUCCCUCCGCUCUGUGCGCUCAGUGAUGCUACAGGCUGGAGGGAAGCAAGUAACCCUCACCACUCAUGCCCCCUUUGGCUGGGGUGCCCAUUUUACAGUUCCCUUGAACCAAGUAUCCUGCAUGGCCCACCGGGGUGAAGUCCCUGCCAUGUUGCCUCUGAAGGUCAAAGGCCGACGAUUCUACUUCCUCUUGGACAAAGCUGGACAUUUCCCCAACACGAAACUCUUUGACAACACUGUGGGUGCCUACCGUAGCUUGUGAAGAAACCACCUCAGGUCACUCACCCCUCCCAGAGGGGAAUCAAAACUGAACCUUCGGGAUGGGGUGACAACCAGGGUCACACAAGAGGCCCAGAAUUCAUUAACAGCAAAUAAAGGAGCAGUCAUCCCAAGGGCAGCUACCUGUCAGUACCUCAGA